GGCGAAGGCCCUGAUCCUGUCGCGGAGGCAAUGGCACAGGACAUUCCUCGGACAGAAGCGCGGCACGAGAACCUUCAAGAGAGUCUGCUUACCUCUGCAGGUCGUCCACCCGCUCCUCGGAGAGAUCGACCCGACCCCGCGCCGCGAAUCGUUCCUCAACCGAAUACAGUCCACCGUCCGCCCUUCCUCAUCGGGCUGCUUUUGGCGCCUUUUAGCAUCGGUUACAGCAUCGCAUCCAAGAUGUUCCGGACCGUCUUCUACCUACUCAGCUUUCUUCCCCGACAGAUCCGGCCACGAGCCAUCACAAGCGGACCGGGAAAUGGACUGCGGAGUACCAACGGGCGCCGAAUGCUUAUGCCCCGGGACACGGCUGCGCGAUUCAAGCGCGAAUUCGAGGAAGAGUAUGGAAGCACCGAAUUGCCCUGGUUCGAGGGCGGGAUCGCUCAGGCACAAGACCUGGCUAAAAAGGAACUCAAAUUCUUACUGGUCGUUCUCAUGUCACCCGAACACGACGACACCGAAUCAUUCACGAGGGAAACUCUGUUGAACCCGGAUGUGGUCAGCUUCAUCACCGACCCGGCGAACAAUGUCAUUCUGUGGGGCGGUAAUAUCCUCGAUUCGGAAGCGUACCAGGUUGCCCAGGAAUACAACUGCACGAAGUACCCGUUUUCAGCGAUCGUCUGCCUCACGCCAAAGGAAGGAAGCACUAGAAUGAGCAUCAUCAAGCGGCUUGCUGGCCCGAUGCCGGCUACUGCGUACCUUUCAGAAGCACAGACCGCUGUCAACAAAUAUGCACCGGAUCUCGCAGGUGUCCGAGCAGAGAGGACUGCACAAGAGGUGGCGCGCAGUUUACGAACCGAACAAGAUACUGCUUACGAACGAUCGCUGGCUAAGGACAGGGAGAGAGCGCGACAGCGGCGCGAGGCGGAGAAGGCUGCGGCAGAAGCUGCACGCAAAGCCGAGGAAGAGGCCGAGGCUGCGGCAAGGCGCGAGGAGCUUGGCGAUAAGUGGAAGCGUUGGCGGGCAACGACGAUGGAAGACGAACCGCCAGCGAGCAACAAGGAUGUGGUACGGAUUGCGCUGAAGAUGCCCGAGUCGUCCGGCGCCGGAAGGAUUGUGCGCCGAUUCCGGAACGACACCACGAUGGAAACGUUAUACGCUUUCGUGGAGUGUUACGAUGUGUUGACGGCAUCAGAAGAAACAUCAGAAAAGGCUGCUAUCAAGCCCGAGGGCUACGAGCACGAGUAUCAGUUCCGCAUUGCGUCUGUCAUGCCCCGGGUUGUGUACGAGCCCAGCAAGGAAGAGACGAUGGGACAGAAGAUUGGACGGUCAGGAAACCUGAUCGUGGAGGAAGUUUCGGCCGACGGCGAGUCAGACGACGGUGAAGAAUACUCUUCGUAGAUGGAGCAAGUACGACUGAGGGCAUCUGAUCAAGCAAGUGUAGGAUGGCACAAGAUAGACAAGCAUUAGUAGAAAACCGCGCCAUCUUGUACGCGCAGUGACCGGGCGGCCAAUAUCAACUAUUCCAGACA